UUAUCGUCGAUCCCCCCUGGAAACUGUAGGCGGCGGUCCGCGAGGGUCGAUUCCGAUGAUGGCCGGCGACGACGACCUCGCCGCCCUGCGCGAGCAGAUCGCCCUCACAUCCUCCGCCGCCAUCUCCGCCUCCGACCUAGAUCACGCCUUCCAACUCCAACUCGCCGAGGCCAUCCAAGCCUCCCUCCUCGUCUCCGGGCCCAAUGCCGCCGCCGCCUCAUCUUCGUCGCAAGCCGCCCCCGCGCUCCCCGUCCCCGAGUCCUCCUCGGACGCCGCCUACGCCUUCGCGGUCCAGGCCGCCAACCUCGCGCGCGCCGAGCAGGACCGCCGCGACGCCGAGGCCUGCCGCGCCGCCCACGCCCGGGCCGCCGCCUCCGCCCGCGUCGCCGCGCACGACGCCCUCUUCGCGCGCGAACUCGCCGCCAUCCCGGAGGACCAGUGGGCCCACGACGGCGACUACUUCGAGCGCCCCCUGGAGUCGGACAAGUCGCACCGCCCGCUCUUCCGCGUCUUGUCCAAGGGCAUGGCGAGCAGGGAGGUCGUUGGCCCGCGGGACCGCGACCCCAGCGUCGCGGUGCUCGCGGCGGCUAUCUGCGGGCCGCAGGGGGAGGUGUUGCUCAGGAUACACAAGCCGGUGGAGCGCUUUGUGGGCGGCCGCAUGAUAGUCGAGGUGAUGGCGCUCAUGGAAGGCCUCGACGCCGCGCUGGGGCUGGGCAUCCGCAGCGUCACCAUCGUCACCGGUUACCGGCCGCUGUACAACCAUAUGCUUGGGAUCUGGCGUCCAUCAGGGAGGAAUCUGGCAGAUAUGAUCAAUCAGGUUCUGUCAGUGCGAAGGAAAUUCGAUCAGUGCGCAAUUUCACUUGUUGAGCCAAGCCAAGUCAGUUAUGUGGUUAAAUUGGCAACAGAUUCAAUAACUGUUCUGAUUACCAAAGCCCGUGCUGCCAAUGCUAACAUGGCGAAAAGAGAGAAUUGCACUAUCUGCAUGGAAGACACUGACAUUACCAAAAUCCAUAUGGUUGAAGGUUGUGCACAUCGCUUUUGCUUCUCCUGCAUGAAGGAGCAUGUGAAAGUUAAGCUACUCAAUGGAAUGCUCCCAGGUUGCCCACAAGGUGGUUGCACCACAAAGCUAACUGUGGAGGGUUCAAAGAUAUUCCUGUCACCACGGCUGUUAGGGAUCAUGGUGCAACGUGUGAGGGAAGGGCAAAUUCCUCCAAAUCAAAAGGUUUACUGUCCAUAUCCCAAGUGUUCAGCAUUGAUGUCCUUGAAAGAAGUGAUGCAUCCAAUGCAAGAAUCCAGCUCAAAUUACACGGCUACUGAUGCAGCCACGUUGAGGAAGUGUGUGAAAUGCAGGGGAUCAUUCUGCAUCAACUGUAAGGUCCCGUGGCAUGAUAGGAUGACUUGCUAUGACUACAAGAGGAGGUACCCCCAUGCUCGUCCAGAAGAUGCAAAGUUACAGAACCUUGCGCGGCAACGUUUGUGGCGCCAAUGUGUGAAAUGCAAGCACAUGAUUGAACUUGCGGAGGGAUGCUAUCACAUGAUCUGCGUGUGUGGCUUUGAGUUCUGCUACACAUGUGGGAAAGAAUGGAAGGAGAAGAAAGCAACCUGCUCCUGCCCGCUGUGGGACGAACACAACAUCAUCAGGGAGGUCGAUGAGGAUGAUGAUGAUUAUGAGGAAGAUGAGGACGAUGUUUACUUCUAGGCUGAUGUGGAGAAGUUUCUAUUGAUGCAACCACUGCAUCAUCUUCCAAAGUUUUAGUAUCAAGUGUUGUUAGUUGGAACUAGUCGUUUAUCCAGUUGCUUUUUAUUUGGGCCAUGCAUAAUACAUUAGGGUGGCAUGCCUAUUUGCAGUAUAAUACUUCUAUAUAUAAAUUAUGAAUGACUAUUACCUCGCAGUGAACACCAAAAAUACUACUGCUGCUUAUGUGUAA